AUGCAAAAGAAUCAUCAACAUCUUGUACGGCCAUGUGCCGUUCUUGUUGAACGUUUAAAUGAUACAUUUAUACCAUCAAAACGUUAUAAAGUCGAUGCUGAUAUUAUUUAUCGUCCAUUAAAUGAUCAAAUAACAAAUACACAUGAUGAAUUAUCUGUUGAUGUAUUAAUGUUACCAAAUAAUAAAGUUAAAAUAUCAUCAUCAUCAACAUUUGAUGAUUUAUCAACAAAUGAAUCACCACUACCACCAUCAACAACAACAACAAUAAUAAAUAAUGAUGAUAUUAAACCAAUUGUACGUAUACGUCCACAUCAAUCAUCAAUUGAUUCAAUUGAUUAUGAUAUAACAUCAUCUAAUAAACGUUUAAAUACUCAACAAUUAACAACAAUACGUUCAUCAAAUAAAUAUGAUAAUGAUUCAUAUUUAUUUAAUGGUACAUUUGAUUCUGAUGAUGAACUUGGAAUGGAUUUAAAUGAUGAUGAAUUAGCAUCAAUACAUCGUGUUUUAGAUUUUGAUGAUGAUGAUAUGUCGAAUUUUGAUGAUGAUAAUAAUAAUAAUAAUAAUAAUAAUAAUACACAUUUACAAACAACAACAGGACCUGGUUAUCAUCCAGCACAAUUACCUGAUUUAGUUAUGGGUUCAUUAAGAGCUGAUAAUGAUAUUAAAUUUGAACCAUCAUUUCAAUAUAGUGAUUUAUUUAAUCGUAAAGGACGUACAUUUGUAUGUGAUGAACGUGGUAAUCGUGUUGUAUCAGUUAAACUUGAUAAAAAUUCAGCUAAACAUUUAAUUGAUUCAAUUGAAAGAAAUUUAGGACGAUUAAUAUUAGAAGAAUGUCGUCGUGGAGAUUUACAAGCACAUAUAUUAAAAGUUGUUUUUAAAGAUGAACAAGAAUUUUUUGAUUUUAAUCGUUCAGCUAUUGUAUCUAAACAUUCAUUUAAACAAUGUCCAGAAAUGUAUACAAGAUUUCUUGAAAGUUUAUUUGAAUCACAAUCAUAUCCAAAUGAUAAUGAAAAUGAUCCACUUGGAACUGAUGAAGCUGAUCAAAUGAGUCAUUCAUAUUGUUGUAAAGUACAUGAAUGUGGUGAAGCAUUUACAUCAAGAUCUGAAGCUAUAAAACAUGCAAAAAAACAUGCUGAACUUGAUCCAUUCGAUUUUGUAUGUGAUCAUUGUGGAAAAAAAUUUCUCGGUAUUGCGAAUAUGAAACGACAUUUACGUGUUCAUAUGGGUAGUGAAGGAAAAGAUUUUGCUUGUCCAUUAUGUCAUUAUCGUGGUUGUACAACAACACAUGUUAAACGUCAUAUGGCACAUAAACAUUUAGAAAAAUCUAUUCCAUGUCCUUAUUGUUCAUUUAUGGCUGCAACAAAUGCUGAUCUUAAAAUUCAUAUGGCUCGUCGACAUUGGGAUAUUGAAGGACUUGAUAUUUUAAAUAAUCUACCGAAAACAUAUAAAAAAGAAUGGAAAUGUAAUAAAUGUGAUACAAUCUUUCAUGAUUAUUCGGAUUUUCAAAAUCAUAUUUAUAGUCAUUCAAGUCAGACAAAUAAAUUUCAAUGCAAUUUAUGUCCAUAUAAUUGUAAAAGUUUUUCAAAAUUAAAACGUCAUAUGCUUUAUCAUCAAGGACAACGUAAUUAUGAAUGUCCAAAAUGUAAUAAUAAAUUUUAUCAAAUGGAACAUCUUAAACGUCAUUUAACAUCAAUACAUAAAUUAAAUAUACCACAAAUUGGUCGAGGAAAUCGUUUAUUUGGUUCUGAUCUUUUAAAACGAAAUUCUGAUAUGCCAAAUAUUCCUCCACCACAUGGUACAGUUCCACAAUGUUAUAAAGUUAUAUCAAAAUGUGUAUUUACAUGUCAAAAAUGUCCUUUUUCAACAACAAAACUUUAUCAUUUAAAUGAACAUGUUAAAAGUGAACAUUUACAAUUAGAUGAUUCAGCACAUGUAUGUACAUUCUGUUCAUAUAUAACAGAUAAAAAAACAAAUCUUAAACGUCAUUUACAUCAUAAUCAUGCAGGACAAUCUAAUACACCUGUACUUUUAUCUAAUGAUGCACUUCUAUCAAAUCCAAAUACAAAAUUUCAAUGUGGACUUUGUCGUCGAUAUCAAAGCAAUGUUGAUGAAUUUAUAAAACAUAUUACAGAAAAACAUCGUAUGGAUGUUGUCAUUUUAGAUUCUGCUAAUAAUGGAAAUAUUCAUCAACAAAUAAAAUCACGGGGUCGUGCUGAGUUAAUAUGUGCAAGUAAUAAUACAACACCAUUUCGUUUUGAUGAAUAUGGUGGUCUUGUUACUGUUAUGAAAAAUUCAGGAACAACAAAUGAAUUAAAUACAAAUCAAACAACAAUUAAUGAUCCAACGAAUUCAACAUCAACAACAAAUUCAACGACAGACUUUUUACUUCCGCAAUAA